AUUUUGAAAAAUAAAAAAAAAACCCCGAAGUCUAUCGUUCAUUCCCAUUCUCUUCCCACACCCCAUUCGGCGAACUAUCUCACUCCUCAUCGCCCGGCACAAACUACAUCAGAUCGUUCCUUGCGAUCAUUUUUAACCUAAUUAGAAACAUUUCACAAGAAUGAAGCAAUCGAAGGAUCCAUUUGAAGCCGCCUUCGAAGAGCAGGAGGAAUCACCUCCGAACUCUCCUUCUGCUGCCGACGACCUCGAAAUUCCGACCACUGUAGCCCCUUCUCCUGCCGACGCUUUUGAUUUGCAAGACGGUGAUGAUGAUCCAAAAUCCGCUUCUGUCGCUACACAUUCCGUUGCUCCUGCGUCCACCACUUCUAUGUUUGUUUCCUCUUCCUCCCAUGUAUCUACCGCCCCUAAAACCAAAGAAGACGACGAGGAAGAAGAGGAAGAGAAUGUUGAAGUUGAACUUGCAAAAUUUCCCUCCAGCGGUGAUCCGGAUAAGAUGGCAAAGAUGCAAGCAAUUCUCUCACAAUUUACAGAAGAACAGAUGAGUCGUUACGAGUCCUUUCGCAGAGCUGGAUUUCAGAAAGCUAAUAUGAAAAGGCUGUUAGCAAGCAUCUCGGGAACACAGAAAAUUUCUGUACCGAUGACAAUCGUUGUGUCUGGUAUAGCAAAGAUGUUUGUUGGUGAACUCGUAGAAACAGCAAGAGUUGUUAUGACAGAGCGUAAUGAUACGGGACCUAUCAGACCAUGCCAUCUCAGAGAAGCAUAUAGAAGACUAAAGCUUGAAGGUAAGAUUCCUAGGAAAUCAGUGCCUAGGCUCUUUCGCUAAUCACUCUGUUUAAUUUAGGAGUUUUUGGAAGAAAAUUUGAAUACUACAGCAUCAAUAUUAGGAUGUUUAUAUAUAUAUAACUGAAGUUCCUAACAUAUUUUUGUACGAAUCGACUUCUCACUUUACUACAUACACGAAUUAUUGGAAGGAGUAAAACACAAACAUGGAUUUUCCAGCACAACCUAUACAUUUAAAUAGUAAAACACAUUUGAUGAUUAUAUAGAGUUGGAAUACAAAGACACAUACUGGCGUGUUCGGGAGGAUGGAAUGAAAUGAGUUUGUAAUGGAUUUUAUUCCAUGCCCAUACAGAUUUGAGCGUUUUGGGCUUGGUUUGUAAUACUAAACUCAUUUCUUUUUCACAUUUUUCAAUCCAACUAUUUUCUUCGUAA